AUGUGGCUCUCUAUCUGCGUGCUGCCCCGUGCCGCCCUGUGCAACCUUGCUGGCUCUCCAUCAGUCCCUCGUAGACCAGGUCGCAUUGGACCGAACCCAGAUCUUCAGCUCUCGGGGCUGAGGAGACCGCUCUUCUCUCAGGUGUCCGUGGAUUGUCCUCUCAGCCCGGCAUCACGUCCGCAUAGCCCCUGGGGAAGUUUUGACCCAUACGACUCUCCCGAGGACCAAGACAAAGAGUAUGUGGGUGUUGCCACAUUACCCAACCAGGUUCGUAGAAAGACAGUGAAGAAAGGUUUCACAUUUACCCUUCUGGUGGCAGGGGAGUCUGGCCUCGGUAAAUCCACACUAAUCAUCAGUUUGUUCCUCACGGACCUCUACAAAGACAGGAAGGUUCCCAAUGCACAAGAACGGAUUGAUCAAACGAUCAACAUCGUAAAACACACCAUCAGCAUCGAAGAGAAAGGAGUCAAAGUGAGGCUCACCAUCAUAGACACACCGGGGUUCGGAGAUGCUGUCAACAACACAGAAAGCUGGAAGCCAAUAGAAGACUACAUUGACCAGCAGUUUGAGCAGUACUUCAGAGAUGAGAGCGGAUUGAACCGAAGGAACAUCCAGGACAACAGAGUCCAUUGCUGCCUAUACUUUAUCUCUCCGUUCGGCCACGGUCUCCGACCUCUGGAUGUUGCGUGUAUGAAGGCUUUGCAUAACAAAAUCAACAUAGUUCCCGUUGUUGCCAUCCCGGACGAGCCCCCACUUUGUUACUACUGGCUCAAAGGGUAA